UAAUAUAAAGCAACAUGUCUGAGGCACAAGCUGUGGACGCUGCUGUGGAACAGGUGACGCAGGAAGUGAAGGACGUCAAGCUGGAGAACGGGACUGCCCCAGGCGCAGUCAACGGAACGGCCAACAAAGCCGAAGGUGCUAUCUCAUUUAAGGACGCAUUCAAAGCAUUCUCCAAAUUCGGUGACCCGAAGUCCGAUGGCAAAACCAUAACACUUUCACAAAGUGACAAAUGGAUGAAACAAGCGAAGGUGAUUGAUGGCAAGAAAAUCACUACCACGGACACUGCGAUCCAUUUCAAGAAACUCAAGUCACUUAAACUCGGUAUCGAUGACUAUCAGAAAUUCCUCGAUGACUUGGCCAAGAGCAAAAAGGUAGAGCUGGAUGACAUUAAGAAGAAGCUGACUAGCUGUGGACAGCCCGGAGUUUCAUCACAUGUGACGAAAUCGCCAGCGGCGGCUGCUGCGGUUGACCGUCUGACAGACACUAGCAAGUACACAGGAUCCCACAGGCAGCGGUUUGACGAGACCGGUAAAGGAAAAGGUAUCGCGGGAAGGAAAGACGUCGUCGAUGCCUCGGGCUACGUGUCCGGAUACCAACACAAGGACUCCUACAACAAGUCCCAUUAAAUACUUACUUCCAUUGAAGCUCUUCUCUAAUCUGACAGCUACUUUUCGGACUAAGUCCAUGAGAUGACAUAAUCAACAUAAACUGACCCAAAAAAUCUCGAGGAACUCUUAACCUCAAAUAAACCUUUUUGAAAUAAUUGCAAAAUUAUUGUACUUUUUUUUUAAGUACGUGGUCCUAGAUUUAAUGCAUUUAACAAUUUAAAGCUUUGUAUGUUGUGCAGAAAACCAUUCCUUCCUAGAAAGUAUAUGUAAUUAGGAGAGUAAGUCGGAAAUUUUCCCGUUAUUCACUAUUUUCGUGUAAUCUUUUUAUCUAGUCGUGUGUAGUAACGUACCUACGUAAUAUUUACAAAGUGUUUUUAAAAUUGAAAUGGUCAUGAAAUGAUGAUUAUUUUUUUGGAUUGAAAUUCUCGUAUUUUCCUACUAACGAAAUAAGUUCAAAAAGUACGGAGUACAAAACUUCUACCAUAAUGUACAAAUAACGAAUGUACCUACGCAACACAUAAGGAAGUACCUUCCUUGAAGGAGCAAACCCGUUUCCUUAAUUAAUACUGAAUUAUAUCAAGAGAACUCUAAUGGUGUCAUAAUUAGGUAAUUUAAGUGCACAGUAAUUUCUAAUGUCGAUAGGGUUUUUAAUCGGUUCUCAAUGUUAAUAUUAGAAUGUAUAAUUUGACCCCUUGUGGCCCUGACCUUUAAUAUAAAUAUACGAUUUUAACAGUUUUAAUAAUGCUAUACUUUAAAAUAAAUAAGACUUUUGGUGGAACCUGAACAAAAUAGGCCUUGGACAAUGUAUUUCAACAAAUUACUUCUAAGUGUUAGCUGCACCUUUUAAAUUUAUUUACGCAUUUUUUUUUUAUAAAAUCUUUUCUUAACGGCGAUAAUUUUAUGUAGCAAUAUGGUAAUGUUCAACUGGCCACGAAGGCGACGAUACACAACUUUACACCUAAGUUGACCUAAGGCAAUGUAUCAUUACAUUUAUUUUGUUAUUAAUAAAAUACAUUACUUAUAUUA